GAAACUAUACAAGCUGUGAGGCAAAUUUAUGCCCCACCUGAUCACCCCAUGCUGCAGCUUGUCCCUAACUCAUUUAGGCAGUGGGCUGAAGUAUUUAUGGAGGAACUCGGCCAUCCAGAAGUAACCCGAGAGUGCAUCUGGAAUGUAUACCUUGCAUUGCUGGAUAAAUUUCACGAA